GCGGUGGACAUGUUUGAGGUGGUAGCGGCUUCGAUGAGGGCGAGGAGGGAGAUGCUGGCGGAAGAUGGAGAGAUCCCUCCUCCUUCUCCUACCUGGAUCCCUCCCCUCGGAGCUAGCAGGAGGACCUGGGCCAACGUGUACAAGAACAAGAGCAACAUCGACUACUGUGUGGCCGAAUUCCACUAUCUGUCGAACAGGAUCAAGUGCAUAAACUCGCUCACCGGAGGUCCAUUCUUGCAGUGAGAGGGAUCAAGGAUUCAUAUGGAUUCCUGUUGAUGCGAUCGUGAACGGGCCUCCAACUACGUCAGAGUGGAGCUUGAAACGUCUGUUUAAUACUAUUUGAAACUGAGAUGAUGUAAUGAAGCACAUGUUGCAA